AUGACCUACUCCACAUACGCAUCUGCACGAUCUUUAGGGCGCGGGUUUAGACGUUUUCGCACGACAGGGAAUGUGCUGAAGGUCAAGCCACGUAUUAGAAUUUCGCGCUGGACUUCGCACGUAUGUACGCUUGUCCCGUCUACUAUUUGUAGCGCGCUUCGUUUCAAUCUAAAGUUGGCGAGGGAGGUGCUGACAAAACGGGCACGGAAAAGUCUGCUAAGAGAGAGCCGUGAGUACGCUGCUCGCUUGUCACCAUUCUACGGCGGCCCCGGUCAGCUAGUAUUUAUCGACGAAACGUCCAAGGAUGAAAGAUGGAUAUUGUAG